AUGCGUAUGACAUUUGAUUUGCUCCCGAGGCCCGGUUCGCCAACCCCUCCAUCGUUCUAUUGUCGACAAAUCGGUAGUAGACUCACUUCAUUUUUCAUUUCCAGGCUGUUCUUCUUCGUGCUGUUUUGGAUCGUUUGGAUUGCACUGUUCCUCUUGUCCAUCAUUCUGGUUGUGUUCAGUCCAGGAUGUCAUGUGAAAUCCAAGCCGAAUUGGUGGCAUACGGCUGUUACAUACAGUGUAUGGGUGCCUUCGUUCCAGGACUCGGACGGUGACGGGUACGGCGAUAUGCAAGGUCUCAUAAAUCGUCUAGAGAACCUGCGAAAAAGCGGUGUGCAGACCAUAUGGCCGUUACCUUUCCUAAUUUCCGACGAUUUCUCGAACGCAGUUCGCAGUUUUGAACAAAUGGACCCGAAACUCGGACCAAAUCAAUUGGUUGAUGAGGCCAUUGCUCGCAUACAUGACAAAGGAAUGAAAUUCGUCAUCAGUCUGCCGAUAGCGACCACUUCGGUCGAGCACGAUUGGUUUCUGAAAUCUGCAUCGGCAGACGCUGAUCCAAACAAAACCUAUUCCGAAUUCUAUCACUGGAAAAAGCAGGCAACGACGAACAAACACUUCAGUGAACACAAAGGGUUGUUCUACAUGCACGAGCCAGACAAUAGCCGAUCGGCCAUUCUGAAUUGGCAAGAUUCAGCCGUUCGGUCACAGAUGUUUAAUGUAAUUUCAUCGUGGAUAGAACGAGGAGUGGACGGUUUCCAUCUUGCUGGUACUGAAUAUCUUGCUCGUUCAGCUGAUGGUUCUGUGCCGAACUGGUCUGCGAUUGCGGACGUGAUCAGUGAUAUCCGUAACCAUGUGGACUCAUUCACCAAAGAAAGUUCCAAAGCUGCUGGCAAGAAAAUUGCACUAUUCACAUCUCGAGAGGAUGCCAAAGAAAAAGACAAGAAGGUGCUGGUGCAUAGUGGUCUCGACUCGGUCAUCAACUACGAGCUUGUUAUAGAUGUCUGCAACAAGAAUGAGGGUGUGGCCAGUUGUGUGCACGAAAUUCUUUCGGACAUCUUGCUCUUCCACUCCAACAACCCAACAGUCUGGCCUCAGUGGGAGUUCGGUAAUCCGUGGCUUUCUCGAGUGGCUUCUCGUGUAGAAAGUCGUGCGCAUGCGGAGCUUUUGCUCAUGGUUCAACUAAUACUGCCCGGUACAAACAACUUCUACUACGGCGAGGAACUCGGAAUGAAGGAUCUCCAGGACAGUUCUAUCGUCCCUGCGCAACGUGGAGCAAUGCAGUGGGACGACUCAGUUUCGGCUGGAUUCUCCAGUAACUCCAAAAUACCUGUGAAUCCGGAUUAUAAGGACAUUAAUUGGGAGCACCAGUACUCACAAGACCAGUCGUCACUGAAAGUGUUCUCGAAGCUAGGAAAACUUCGCACGAGAGACGACACGCUGAUGUCAGGAGAGACGAUCAUCGGACGUCUGGUCGAUAGCGCUUUUACUGUUGUUCGAUUCUUCGCACAUGAGAAUAAAACAGUAGGACAUAUAUAUAUCAGUGCGGUCAAUUUUGCCGCUCACAAAGUUUCUUUACCAUUGGUAGACGUUCCUAAAGGAGAAAAUCUAGGAAGCUGUCAGAUAGUCACUACCACAUCAAACGUUGAAAAAUACUUUCCACGACAAAGUGUGGAUUUCAGCUCGAAAAGCUUGGAACUUUCCAAGGAUGAAGGAAUCGUGUUCAGAUACCCUGCCUAA